GAAGAAGAAACGAAGAAAGGAAGGAAGGAAGGAAGGAAGGAAGGAAGGAAGGAAGAAAUAAGACGCGCGAGUGUCGUUAGUAACUCUCGAAAUGCACCCUCCGGAUCGUUGCGUGCGCGUCGUCGGAGUCGCGCGCUUUUCACUCGCAUACGCAAAUCUCAACGAUGAAACGUGUCGAUAUUCGUCAUAACAAUUUUCAGAGAAGAUCAUACGACAGUGUUUUCGUAUAGGAUUAACGAACGUCUUCUUUACAAAAAGGGGAAAAAAAAAAGAAAAAAAGAAGGUAAAAGAGAAAUAAUAUAUCGAUAAAGUCCUUUAGACUUCGAACUAUGAAACGAACUGUACUGUGCGCGAUAAGACCCGGAUAAAACUCAUACAUACACGGACACAAAGAAAUUCUCUUCUUCUUUCGUAGUGGACAUGUGCGUGAAAUGGAUUCAUCACGAUCUUACCGGUUAUUCGUUCGAGUUGUUAGUUCGCCGCGUGUGUGCAUCGGGAUUAAAAGUAUAGAUCAGUUUUAGAUAAAAGAGGAAGGCAAGUUGCAGAUAUUACAAAAGAGAGAGAGAGAGAGAGAUAGAGAGAGAGAGAGAGAGAGAGAGAGAGAGAGAGAGAGAGAGAGAGAGAGAGAAAGACCUGUCUAAGCGUACGCGCGUGUGUGUGUGUAUUUAUGUAUUCGGGUAAACACGCCUAUGCUCGAACAACAACCACCAGCGGUGGUGACGCGUAACGGCAGUCGCGUUUAUCGAAUUAGGCUUAACGUCGUCGUCGUCGUCGUCGUCGUCAUCAUCAUCGUUGUCGUCGUCGGUGGCACCGUGCGUAGGGUGGCAAUAAAAUUCAUUCGAGCAUCAUGGAUGCGUGGAAUCGCGGAAGGAUUAUCUACGCUUAUCUCAUAUGGGUCGUCUUCAAGGCUACAGCAGCUGGAGGACUGUCCGAUGACACGAAUUCGUUGGUCGAGGAGCUCGUCGUUGAGGCCGGCAAGAACGUGACGUUGAAUUGUCCAGGAGUGACGGAAGACUCUCUGGUGUAUAUGCUCGAGUGGCGAGCCAACGGUAUGCAGUUACUCGAGUGGCAGGCUAACGGGAUGCAACACGAACAUGCCAACAGGGGCACCGAUGUUUGGACUCAUCAGAAUAGGGUCUCUCUCUCUUUGAAAAAUUAUGCUCUACAAUUUCAUCCUGUCACAGCACCGGACUCGGCCAAGUACGAGUGCCUAAUAAACAAUCGUAGUACACCGGAUGCCGUCAUUAAGCUCAUCGUUCAAGACGUGCCAGAUCCGCCAGAACGUCCUCUCAUAACAAGCUUUACAUCCAAAUCCGUGAAUCUGUCUUGGGCACCUGGCGCUAAUUCUCAUAACAACCCAAUUUUGCACUACGUCAUAUACACAAGGGUCAAUGAGGAUGGUUCCUGGGACGCAAUGAAAGAAAUAGUGACACCAACAAGCGCAACAGUUUACACGAUUGAGAAUUUAACACCAUUCACGGUCUAUAGCUUUCGCGUGGCGGCAGUAAACGCGAUGGGCCGUAGCAAGGCGAGUCAAGCAUCCUACUACAUCAUCACCUUGAGAGAGAUUCCCGAAGGUAAACCCCUUAUCACUAGCGCGUACAACACGUCGUCGACGUCUAUAUAUUUGGCAUGGAAACCACCAAGUCGUGACACUAUACAUGGCGAAUUUCUUGGAUAUCGAAUUGGAUAUAGACCGCGAGACAAAACGAAUAUGGAAAUGAAAGACAUCUACAUACGAGAUCCCGCAGUAGACAAUCACAGUAUUCAUAAUUUGGAAAUAUACACGCAGUAUCUCGUAUCUCUUCAAGUUUUCAAUCCGGAGGGUCAUGGACCAGCCACAACAGUUUCUGUGAUGACCGACGAAGGAGUGCCAACGAAACCCCAGAAUUUCACGUCACGUGGAAUAACUUCGACUACCAUAGAACUGUCAUGGUCCGAGCCAGAAAGUGCCAACGGCGUUAUAACCGGGUACCGUGUUUAUUAUUUGCAUUCCAAUUACACCGACGUUCAAACUCUCAAGAUAUAUGACAACAGCGGGCCUAACGUUGAAUUUGUAUUAAAAGAUUUAGAUCCUUACAUCGUCUACGAUAUAUGGGUGAAAGCUUACACGUUGAAAUACGAGGGUGAGCCUUCCGGUCACAUUAUUCGUAGGACCGACAUCGCUGGACCAAGCGAGCCACAAAUUUUAAAUUUGACUUGCCAAUCGCAUGAUUCAGUUUAUAUUCAAUGGGCAAGGCCAUCGAUCUUUUGGGGAUCCGUCGAUUAUUAUUACAUCAAUUAUCGUAUGGAAACAAGUCAAUAUUAUGAGGAAAUCGAAUUAACAGCCGAGAAGAAUCAUCUUGAAAGUGGCAUGAUCGUACCAAAUUUAACGAUGAACACGGUUUACGAGUUUAUCAUACGUGGAGCAACGAAAAGUACAAUCAACGAUCGAUUGAUUAUACAAGGAGAAAGUUCUGCACCACGGAACGUUUUGGUUACUCAUGACUGCGAUAAGAUUCCACCGUUAAAACGUCGUAGCAGCAAGGAUCUCAGUGCUAGUGUGAUAGCCGGCAUGGUUUGUGCUUGCUUCGCCGUCAUGCUAGCGAUCACAGCCUUCGUUCUCUGGAAGCCAAUUUUCAGAAAAUGCUUUCACACGGCCUAUUACUAUCUGGAUUAUCCACCACGAAAUGUGCCGACCCUUCAAGAAUGGGAGAACAGUGAGCAAGAUGGCGAAAGGACCGCCGUAAGCGUUCAACAAUUCGUUCAACAUGUCGCCAAGUUGCACGCCGAUGGUGACAUCGGUUUCAGCAAGGAAUACGAGAUUAUUCAAUCGGAGAGCGGAGGUUACACCGUUGAGAACUCGCAAUUCGCUGAAAAUAAGGCGAAGAAUCGAUACCUCAACAUACUCGCAUACGAUCAUACGCGCGUACAAUUGUUAUCGUGCGGCGGAGGGCCACCUAAAAAGGGACAAGAUUAUGUAAACGCAAAUUACAUCGAUGGUUGGCAACGUGCACGAGCUUACAUUGGAACUCAAGGACCUUUACCACCGACCUUCGAUGGUUUCUGGCGUAUGGUCUGGGAACAACGCGUAUCGAUUGUAGUGAUGAUCACUAAUCUUGUCGAACGUGGUCGUAGAAAAUGUGAUAUGUAUUGGCCCAAAGAAGGCACCGAAACUUAUGGUUACAUUCAAGUUACUUUAGUAAGGGAGGACAUUAUGGCAACUUAUACUAUUCGUACUCUUCAAAUUCGACAUCUCAAGCAGAUUAAGAAGAAGAAGAAUGGGACCAAUAUGGGAGAACGUACAAUAUGGCAGUAUCAUUAUACCGGUUGGCCUGAUCAUGGUGUUCCUGAUCAUCCUCUACCUGUUCUCAGUUUUAUUCGUAAAUCUUCCAAUGCUAAUCCACCCGAAGCUGGCCCUAUAGUGGUCCAUUGCAGCGCCGGAGUUGGACGUACUGGGACCUAUAUCGUGAUCGAUGCCAUGCUGAAGCAGGCCAAGAGCAAAAACGAGAUCAAUGUAUUUGGAUUUUUAAAACAUAUUCGAACGCAGAGAAACUUUUUAGUUCAGACAGAGGAACAAUACAUUUUCAUUCAUGAUGCUUUGCAAGAGGCAAUCGAAAGUGGAGAGACCAAUAUAGAAGCUAAUAAUUUGAUGCAGCAUAUUCAAGACAUGCUAUGCCCGUCCAAUAAUAAGACAGAUGCCUGGAAUAACUUAGAUUCUCAAUAUAAACUCGUGACGUCGUGGAAACCAAAGGACUUCAAUCUCGUGUCCGCGACCAAAUCAUGUAACAUUCACAAAAAUCGUAAUAUGGAGAUAAUACCAAUUGAAAAUGCUCGUGUACAUUUAACACCAAAACCUGGUGUUGACGGAAGUGAUUAUAUAAAUGCAACGUGGUUCUCAGGAUUCCAAAGGAAUCGUGAGUUUAUUAUAACUCAACAUCCUAUGGAGAAUACCAUAAUGGAGUUUUGGCAAAUGAUGUGGGACCAUAAUGCUCAGACGAUCGUAAUGUUGACUCAAUGCGACGAGGAAUAUCCCGAGUUUUGGCCAACGGAAGGAAAGGAUUUGGAAUCAGAAACUUUCCGAGUACGAUUAUGUGGUAUUAAAGAAACAGUCAGUGGAAUCAUUCUACGGGAGGUAGCCGUCCGAUCUUUACAGGACGAUUAUGAAUUAAGUGCAAGAAUCGUUCAAGGACCAUUGAAUCAAGGUGGUUUGUGGCCUCACAAUAAUAACCCCAAAAUAUUCGUCAAUGUGAUACAAGACUUUCAUAGAGAUUAUCAAAAUGGUCCAAUCGUCGUUAUGGAUAGGUACGGUGGCGUCGAGGCAGCUCUAUUCGUACUUCUAACAACUUUGAACAAACAACUCGAGUUCGAACAAUCCGCGGACAUUUACAUGUUCGCAAAAUUGUUAUACAUGAAGAGACCGGGUGUAUUCCGAUCGAAGGAGGAUUAUGUCCUGCUCUAUCAAUGUCUUGAGGCAAUGCUGUCGUCGAAAGUACGUGGUGAACCAGAUCUCUAUGCGAUGGCGAACGGGCACGUGGCAACGAUGAGUAGUAAUGAUCCGAACGAGAUUAGAUCGGCAUCCUCGAUGCAGCACAUGGCAAUGGAUUAUCCUGUGAAGUCAGCACCACCGAUGAUACGAGAAUAUGCGACGGUGGAGAUGACACCAGAAGGAGCUGUCCGAUUGGAAAGAUCCUCGCACAAUGGGAAAGCUGACCGCUCGAGUAUACAAGAUCAGCCUCGGGGGAUUAUAGAACGUACAUUCGUGUAAAUAAGUCCACGUAAAUCUAGAAUAACAAAAACCAAACGAAACAAAUAACAGAACGAAAGAGAACAAAACAAAACGAAAGCAAAAAAAAAAAAAAAUGAAAGAAACGAACGAAGAAAAGAGCCGAGGAAGAAAAAAAAUGAUUAAAAAUAAAAAAACAAAAAAGAAAAAAGAAAAAAAAAAAAAGAAAACUAGCUCUCGUCGUACUCUAAAGCCGAGGAAAUUGAUAAAAAAAAGUUAAGGGAAAUAUGUUUUC